AUGUCCUGGUUCCAAGUUGAAUCGUGGAUUUGGUAUGGGUUCUCGGUGGUAGUAAUCAUUCUGCGAUUCAUAUCCCGACUGCAGCUGGUGGAAAGGUUCAGACACUUGCAGGCGGAGGACUGUAUGAUGCUACUUGUCUUGUGCUUUUACACAGGACUCGUGAUUACCCUGAAUCGGAUCGAGCAUGCACAGACAAAUUUGAUACGGCCUGGAGAUAUUGGGCGUUUAACCGCGCAAUCGAUCAAGAACCGCGUGUAUGGAAGUAAGCUGGUACUUGCAACAGAGCAAUGCAUGCUAGCGACUAUAUGGGGAUGCAAGGGCUGUCUUCUUCUCCUCUACGCCAGGUUGACUGAAGGUAUAAGGCAACAACUGGCCGUUAAAAUUCUGGCCGGCUAUGUGGUCGGUUCAUAUGUUCUCUUGGAAAUCUUCUACUUCGCAGUUUGGUGUCGACCAUUCUCCAAUUACUGGGCUGUGCCAACUCCUAAUGAGCAAUGUUCAACUGCGACUCACCAUCUCAUCAUGACUAUGGUAUUCAAUAUUUCUUCUGAUAUCCUUAUGAUGGGCAUCCCACUACCUUUGCUUAUAUCUGCCAGUUUACCCCUACGCAGUAAACUCAUUCUAGUUGGAAUAUUCAGCAUGGGCACUUUUAUUAUCCUGUGCGCCACUCUUAGCAAAGUAUCAAGCUUCAAAGACCCCUUCAGCCCACAAUGGAUGUUCUGGUAUAUUCGAGAGGCCAGCACCGCUGUUAUCGUUGCUAACAUCCCCAAUUGUUGGAGUCUCGUCCGUCGGAUCUUCAGCCUGAGCUCCUGGACUGGCAGCUCGCACAGGAAAGGGCGAACCUACUACCACACUCGCUACGGAUACGGCACUAGAACACAUAGUAGGACAAGAAAACAGACGGGCACACAGAAAGAGAAUCUCUGGGGUUCACUCACAAUGUCUGCAUUACGGAGGACGGAGAGUGUACAGGAAAUCAUAAAAGAUGACAGCGCCGGGGCUAACCAGGAAAUUGCACUCGAAAUCUGGCACCAGACGAGCGUCUCUGUUGUAGAAGAUCAGCCUGGUCCUAGUAAUUCUAACCGUGGUCCUAUUACAACGGUUUCGGGCCGUGGUUGA